AUGGACUGGUCCAAGAACUUUCCCCAGCACUUCGCCCCCAAAGAUAGCGAUGCCGCAGUUGAGGGAGCAGUGACCAAGGAUUCAGGAAAGAAGGUCGAAUUCGCCGAUAUUGGAUGCGGAUACGGAGGAUUGCUCGUAGCCUUGUCCACCGUCUUUCCCGACACCCUGAUGCUGGGAAUGGAGAUUCGCGUCAAGGUCGAGGAAUACGUCAACCAAAAGAUUUUGGCUCUUCGCCAGAACCACCCUGGAUCGUAUGACAAUGUGUCGAUCCUGCGUAUGAACGCCAUGAAGUUCUUGCCCAACUUUUUCGAGAAGCACCAGGUUGGUAUUCAAGGAACUGGGUUCAGGAUGAUAUGGAUGGUUGACAACUUGAGACUUGCACUAACAGGAUAUCGUUUCAAUCGGCUGUAA